GUCGGUUCGUAUAGAAUCGCAUAAAGUAAACACAAAUAUAUGUUUCAAAAACUCCUGUGAAAAAAUUAACAAUGGAAAAACAAGAAAUAAUAUAUCAAACGCUGAAGUCGAGACACCUGCCCACAAACCCCAGCGUCCUGUUAAACUGGGUGAAUGCCCUGAUCGGAAGCGACUUUGAUUCUCUGAAGCAUCUGCGCAGUGGAAUCGUGUGGUGUCGCCUGCUGGAGGCUCUAUGUCCCGGAUCCAUUGACCUGGACGCGCUGCAAUACGACAAGUUGGGCUGGCUGCAAAAUUACCGGGUGCUGCGAAGGUCCCUCAAAAAGUUGGGUUACCAACCCCUCAUUGAUGUGUCCGAGUUGGUGGCGGGGAAAAUCGGAGAUACUAUAUACCUUCUACACUUUUUCAUCGAUUUAUUCAAUGCAACUUUGGGUAGAAAAAUUAAGGAGGGGACCACCAGCGAUCCCAAAGGCUCCUCAAUGGUGGAGAGCGUAAUGCAGUGGUUCAAGAGCUUCUUUGUCAAGGAAAGUGAGGAGGCACCCGAGAAGAAGACUGAGGCAAAGAUCAAGGAGGAAUUUAAUCGACAGGCAUUGCUAUUGCUAUUCGUACCCGAAUCAACCGGAGAAAUGGUGCAGAGGCCAACGACUGAUCAUCAACGAAUUUCUCUAAAUGACGAGCAAGCAAGGGCAUAUCGUCUGCAGAAGGAUGAGGACCACCGAAUACUCCGCUUAUUGGUUAAUUCUAUCACAGAACUGCGGCGCGGCAGGCAUCUGAUGGAGCAACAAUGGUUGGCCAGUCUCAGGGAGCAGUCGCAGUCUCGGCAUGGCGCAAAAUAGACAGACAGGCGGCGGAGGACAACAAGAGCCUUGGCUUGGCGUUCCCCUAACUUUGUUUACUUGUAAUUACUUUGACCUUGUGCGGCGUGCAGCCAUGUCCUGGAAAAUUGGAGGUGGCUGAGAGUCAAGAUGAGAGGAUGGUCAAGAUGACAGUGCGUACAGUGGGCCCAAGUGUUAAAAUUGAAAUUAUAAGUGUGUUUCGAGGAAGACGGGGCUUUAAAGAAGUAAAGGAAAAAUAAUUGCUUAGCAUUUAAAAAAUUAUAAAGAAUUUGUAGUUUGAUAAAUCCUAAAAACUUGCUUUAAACUUUCUAUACACACCCAUUGUGACAGUGUUAAAUUAGUUAUUUCUUUUCUAUUCACA